AUGCAAAAUAAAAGAGGUUUAAAUGAAAGCAGUGAUGAUGAAUCUGGUGAUAGUGAUGUUCUUCCGCUAACCAGAAAACGUCUAAGGCCUAUGAUUAUAGAAGAUAGUAGUGAAGAGGAAGUUACGACGCGUCAAACAUGGAUUUGGCAGGAGAAAAAAAACACACCAAUAGUUUGGACGUAUUCUGAGACUCGUGGUAUAAAGGCGUCUGUUCUUACUAAUUUAAACAAGGAUCCAACAAUAUUAGAACUAUUUUCUAUUAUAUUUGAUAACAAACUGUGGGAUAUAAUUAUUACGGAAACAAAUCGCUUCGCAUACCAAGAAAUGAACGACGAGUGUAAAAGACGGAAAGUGGACGACAAUUGGUAUCCUGUUACCUUGGACGAAAUAAAGGCCUACUAUGCAUUAUGUAUUUUGAUGAGUCAAGUGAGAAAACCAAAUAUACAACAGUAUUGGACUACAAGAGCAGUAAUAGAAACGCCAAUAUUUCGAAAAACAAUGCCAUUUAAGAGAUUUAGGCAAAUUUCGAGAUUUCUACACUUCUCUAAUAAUGAAACUUCUAAUAGAAAUGACCGACUUCGAAAGGUAAGACCCAUCAUCAACCUCUGGAAUAAAAAUUUGAAGAAAUUUACACACCCAGUGAAUAUAUCAGCAUAG